AUGGCGCCGAGGAAAAGAAAUGCACAAAACGCCAACAAUAAUAGUCAAAACCAAACGAAGAAAAAAGGAGCAAAGCGACAAGAUGAUAAGAGCCAAGAGGUCACAGAAGUGGAAGGGAUUCCGCUGUCAUAUCUUUCACUUAUCCUGUUUUUCGCUGCAGUCAUUGGAGUUGCACACAGAAAUCAUUUAGCAGGGAUGUUUGAGAGGGAUCGUCAUUUUUCACAUCUGUCCACUCUGGAGAGAGAGCUUGCUUUUCGUACUGAAAUGGGACUGUAUUACUCCUACUACAAGACUAUGAUAGAAACCAAGACAUAUCAAAAAGGACUGAAUAAGAUUAUGUAUGACAACAUCACAGAGUAUCCACUCACGAUCAACACACUGAAACGAUUCAAUUUGUACCCAGAGGCUGUUUUGGCAAUAGGAUAUCGGGCUUAUGAGAGUUUCUGGACUGGUCUGAAUAAACCUACUAAACAGUGCUGGACUGUGAACCGGGGAGAAGGGAAAACACCUGUACAGAGCUGUGAAGGUCUAGGAGAACCAUCCUAUUUCUACAUAGAAAAUGUGUUUUUUCUCAAUGGAGUAAUGAUGAGUGUGUUCUUCCUCUUUGGUACCUACUUGAGUGGUAGUGUUUUUGGAGGAGUGUUGACUGUUGCUAGCUAUUUCUACAACCAUGGGGAGUGCACCAGAUGUAUGUGGACACCACCCCUGAGAGAAAGCUUCGCCUACCCAUUCCUGGUCAUCCAAAUGCUGCUCGUAACACAUAUUAUUAAAUUACGUAUUCCAAGUUACCGAUACAGCGGCCUUAUUGCCCUCAUCACUGUGUGCUUCAUGUUGUCUUGGCAGUUUGCCCAGUUUGCACUCCUUACUCAAACUUUGGCUGUGUUUGCUACGUACGCCCUUGGUUACAUUGGUUCACAUAAGGUCAAGGUCAUUAUGAUGGGUCAGCUGACUGGACUUCUCUGUAGUUUCAUUGCUUUAUUUGGGAAUGAGAUGCUUUUAACAUCUUUUUUCACAUCUUGCGUUAUAACAGUCAUGGUUGUCGUUAUCUUGGAGUCACAUCUUGAGAAGCUGAAUUACAAAGUUUUAAUACUGGCUACACAAGGUGUCCUGCUGAUUCUGGGUACUGUUGGACUGAAGAUAGCCCUGUCUAGACUUUUCAGUACAGCAGAUGAUGCACACAUAGGAGAUAUAUUCCGAAGUAAAUUCUCAAACUUCAAGAAUUUCCACACAAUGUUGUAUACCUGUGCAAAGGAGUUUGACUUCAUGGAAGCAGAGACACCUUGGAAAGUUCUGAAGACCUUAUUGGCUCCUUCAGUGGGUGUAGCUGUAUUGACUGUAGUAUUCCAGUUACUGAAAAGAGAAUAUAAAGUGUGGACUAGCGAUACAAAUAGUGGUUCUGACGAUGGCGAGGAGGAGAAUGAAAGUCAGCAUAGGGGCAAGCCACAUGCUGAGCUGGUGUAUCACCUGUUCCAACUGUUAGCCUUCACAGCCAUGGCCAUUCUUAUCAUGCGACUGAAGCUGUUCUGGACCCCCCAUAUGUGCCUCAUGACCUCACUUUUAGCCUCACGACAGUUGUUCAGUUGGAUCGGCAGUAGAGAGAGACAGCUGGCGAUUGUGGUUCUGGUGUUGGCAGGCAUGAGUGUGCAGGGAAUCCAAAACCUACAACACCAGUGGAGCAUUAUGGGAGAAUACAGUAACUACCCGUUAGAGGAACUGGUGGAAUGGAUUCAGGCUAAAACACCAAAACGUGCUGUAUUUGCUGGUCCUAUGCCAACAAUGGCAACUGUUAAACUGUGUACAGGCCGACCAAUCAUCAACCACCCUCACUAUGAGGACGCUGGAUUACGGGAGAGGACAAAGGACGUUUAUACUAUGUACAGUAGAAAACCUGCUGAAGAAGUGAAAAAGAUUCUAAAGAAACGAAAGGUUCAAUACGCCAUUCUGGAGGAAUCUUGGUGUAAUAGACGGUCAGGCGUGGGAUGUUCUAUGCCAGAAAUCUGGGACAUUGAAGAUGAGGUGAAUCGAGGAAAGCAGCCAUUAUGUCAGAAACUUCUAUUCAAUUCUGAACCUCACUUCAAAAGAGUGUUUAGGAACAGUGUGUAUCAAGUACUAAAAUUAACGUAACAUUAGUAAGGCUCACACAGACUGAACAAGGCAUAAUCAGGACGAAUACAGUCCAGUCAGUGUGGCGUUGGGGGAUUGGGAACAUUUCAUCCAUGUAAAAAAGUUGUUUACAUUCUGCAAUUUUUCCUCUCUUCUGAGUUCUCAAUUGAAAAGCUUUGACCUCUUUUUCUAGUGUCAUAAAUACUGGUAGUAGGGAUGUGUGUAACAAGAUGAAGUUCUGUAAGUAUUGAGUGGUAUGGAAUUAGGUAGUUAUGCAAUAUAUACUACUCACAAUUUGAUAGGGAUCACUUAUUUAUUUAAUGUAUAACGGUAUCUAUUUUAAGAAUAUAUUCUACAGUUCUAUUUAUACAUAUUUCGGCAUUAUAAGAUGAAGAUAUAACAACACCAAGCGAAGAAUAACAGUAUUAAUUUGCUUCAAUGCUCAUUGUACACAGAUACCCAGAAAAUCGCAAAUUACGACAAAAGGGGCGAAAAAUUAAGUCCUACAAAACAGUGUCAUUCAGUGAAAAAUACAGUAUCGAGUAUAACGUCCUCGAGCAUCAAUUAUGCUCUGGCAGCGGUGGCGCAUGCUUCUGAUCAAGUCUCAUAUCCGGUUUUGGGGAAUACUUGUCCAAUCAGCGACUAGAGUUCCUGAUGCAUUCUAGGUUGGAUGUUUCUCGCCGAAACAGCCUUCUGAAGCAUGUCCCACACGUUUUCUAUAGGAUUGAGAUCUGGAGAUUGGGCUGGCCAAACCAUCCUCUCAAUUGUUUCCCUUUCCAGAUACUGUUCAGUCACACAAGCUCUGUGUGGCCGCACAUUAUCGUCCAUAAGAAUGAAUUCCGGACCUAUAGCACCAGCAUAAGGCCUGACGUACACGUCCAGGACUUCGUCACAGUACCUCUGUGCAGUCAAACUGCCAGUAAGGAACAGAUGAAGGUCGAUCUUGCCUUGCAUGCUAAUGCCACCCCAAACCAUAACAGAUCCACCACAGUAUUGGUCAUGUUGGGAAACGUUAGCGGCAUGGAACCUCUCAUUUGGUAGUCGCCACACCCUGGCACGUCGGUCAGUGAAAUCUAAGCAAAAUCUAGACUCGUCUGUAAAAAGACGGGGGACCAGUCAUGGAGGUUCCAAUUCACAUGAUCACGAACCCAAGCAAGUCUAGCUUGAACAUGUCGUAACGUCAAAGGAAUUCUCACAGCAGGUCUGCGCGACCUUAAAUCAGCAUCAUGAAGUCUAUUUCUCACAGUUUGUGUGGAGAUACGAGUUCCGGUGGCAUUCUGGAAGUCAUUACGUAGUGACGUAGCGUUGAUGAACCUUUGACGUCGAGCUGCAAUAACAAGAUAGCGGUCUUGACACUGCGAGGUAAGUCUUUCCCGACCCCCACCAUGUCUUCUGGAAACAGUUCCAUAAUUUUGGUAACGAUUCCACAUACGGGACACAACACUCUGGGGCACACCAAGGUCAUUGGCCACCUCCCUUUGUGACCUACCAGACUGGAUCAUACCAAUGCCCCUGUCCAUAUCUGAAGUGCUUAUACCUCUUCUAUCCUGCUGUCGAGACAUUUUGAAACCAUUAAAAUUCAAAAUGUAAAGCAAAAAGCGAGAUAUUCUGCCACUUGGGUAUUGAUGACAAUCUGCAUGUAGGAGGCUCGUGCAUGCACACGUGAAGUGUAGGCGUUACAGGUGACUUAACACAUAAACACCCGAUACACAUAGACCUUGGUACAGAUAUAAAUCAACAAAUAUAAGGAAUACGUAUUAUUUUAUUUUAAAAGAAAAUUUUGUUAAUUAUUAGGUGUGAUCCCUAUCAAAUUGUGAGUAGUAUAGUUAGAUAUAACGUGUCUUCAAACAAGAAAUAUGAAAGUAGAGGAAGAUUCAGUGAAAUGUUUGUGACCUAAAAAUCACUAAUGCACUAGGUUCCUUGCUUAAACAAGCUUUUAUAAGCUUUAACGAUACUGUAUGACAUCAGUAUUACAGCUACAGGACCUUUGGUUUACUGAACUUAAGCUUUAACGGAACUGUAUGACAUUAGUUUUACAUCAACAGGCCCUUUGGGUUACCAGACUUAAGGUUUAACCAUACAGUAUGACACCAGGUUUAACCAUACAGUAUGACACCAGGUCUAAUCAUACAGUAUGACACAGGUUUAACCAUACAGUAUGACACCAGAUACACAGCUAAUUGUGGAGAUCUGAUAUUUUCUAUUUGCUUCAAUUAUUUCACCUUUCAGUACAUGUAGUUUUAAUUUAUAAGAUGUUGGUUUGGAGGUUUGCAUUAGUUUAAUUAACACCAUUUAGCUGUUUAGUGAUGUAGACACUAGUGUUAAGAUACCUUUUAGUUUGUUUGAUGUUAUGUCCUUUUGGAUCGUUGUGUCUUUCACUGGUUGAUGGCCCUAAUGACCUUUUAUGUGUUGACGGGCCGUUAAGAAUGUCAUAGUGUAAUGUAAAGACACUAGAGUAAGGGUGGUUCUUUAAGUCAACUUUAUUCACUAUUGUUUUGAUAAUAUGAUAAAUAUGCAAGGCAAUUGUACCCAUAGUCAUAAAUAAAGCAUUCAAGGUAAUUUCAUUGUUAGUGAUGGUCUCAGCUAACGCAGUAAACCUUUGUCUAUCACCUGAGAGCUAAUAACGGACUAGAAAUCUGUAAUUGUGGAUGUUAGUAUUCUAUAUUGGUCAGUAAGAUGUGACUGUUGUGAUAUCUGUAUGACAUGCUGGAUAUAUAGUCAGUGGUAUCCAUAUAGUAUUACCUCUUCUCAACAUCCAACAGGUCCUACAACUGCCACAAAAUCUAUCUAAUGAGAAAUCUUUACACGUUGGAAUCAGGUUUUUUUCUCAGAAAUCACAAAUGCCUUUCAGUCAUUCUCAUCACUGUGAUGGUAUUCCUGGAAAGAGGUUGUAGGUGUUAGACUCAAAUUUUAUUUAGGCUUAUAUUGUAAAUGUGCAAAUAAACAUAAGAAAUCCAGGAUGUCAUGAUUUUAGAUUUUAUUUAUUCUCAUUACAAAUAUGUUUUGCUUUCAUACAUUUACAAUUUUUUAUUAAUAUAUAUCCAUAACUUCAUGUACCAAUAUUUUAAGAAAACAUUCAAAGAUGUUAUGUAUUUAAAUGCCCAUAUUUACAUUUAAUGGACUUGUGUCCAAAAUUCAUGUUCCUAUUAUGGACGUGUUGAUUUCUCAUCCUGACAUUGAAUGAUUAACUGCUGAAACUUAGUGCCAAUGUUGCUCAUUUUAUCUGCGACAACAAAACCUCAAUAUAAUUGCGAGGAUGUGAGUGAUAUUAAUGACUGCCUGUGUAAGAUGAUAAAAGUAUCUCAUAAUUAUGCAAUGACUGUUAUCAUUUCUUGUAAAAAUUGUAUGUAUGACAUAUUUGACCAAGUCUGAGAAUUCCUUAUUAUUUAUGUAGUGAUGUUGAUGGACAUGUAAUGACUCAUCUUUGAAGUAAAAAUAGUCUCAUCUAAUUAUUCAUUUCCUGUCUGUACACCUGGAAUAAGUCAAAGUUUUGUAGUUUGCCAUUCAUUUUUUGUUUUUCCAGACAAAGGUUUCUUUUAAAUAGUAAGAAUGAUCCUAUUUUGUAAAGGCAAAAUAGAAAUGUACACCUGAAUAAGUUUAUAAGAACUUUUCUGCAGUACUAUGUGUAACAUUAAUCAAAUAGAUAUCUAUAUCCCUGUUAUGAUUCUUCAUCUGCAAACCUGAUACAUGUAUAUACUAAGUCUGAAAAAAUAAAGGGUACACCAAGAGUAAAACUAGGAGUAAUUAAAGAUAAUGUUGACUGUCAAUCACCAAAUCUAUAAUUAAAGUUAAAAAAGUAUACAUCAUAUAGAGUAUAUUGUAUGAGUUUCCAUUUCAUUUGAGAUUUUUGUAAUAAUUAUGAGACUCAAACUAAGAUAAAUAAAAAUAUGGUGAGGAGUUUACUAAAACUUGAUAUGAAAUUGAAACAAAUGAAAGAUUCUGUCACUUAUCUUUCUAGAUACUUUUGCAAGCAUGCAUGAAAUUAGAUCAGAAAUGGUGUUAUUCUCGCUCAUUUCAUUUUUCUUUGGUGACAUCACAAUACACCUGGUGACAUCACAACAGAAGCAAUAGAAACAUUUGUCAGUCUCAGCUCCAUGAGUUCUAAUCUUUGUCAUAACACAAUUUAUGUUACUAAACCGUGUUCAAUCACGAUUCUGCUAAGUUUUAUCACAAGUGAGAUGUGAUAACAGGGUUGCUAUAUGUUAAAUGUAUAUUUCAUUAUUUAUAAUGUUUUUCGUCUCCCAGGAGACAAAAAUAUUGACAUUAGUGAAUGGAGAUAAUUAUCAUUUUAGUUUGUUUUUGUUAGAUAAAUACGUUACACAAGUGUGCACAUUGUCACUUACACAUCGCACAUUGUCACUCACAUGUAAGUUAUCAGUCCUUGGUAUAACUGGUACAGUGUUACAUCUGUAACAUUUAGUUUAUCAUCCUCUGUUAGUUGAUAUAGGUAUCCACAUAAAAUCUGUUUUUGUUUGGUCAGGAUAAUAACAAGUUAAAGUAGUAGUCAUGAAUGAAGUUACAUAGCCAUUGUAAAGCCUGCAUUGUCUCGAUCCAAAAGUUGAGAAUCUCAUUAAAGUAACCUUAAUUGAUAACCAUAACCGUUGAUAGGACGUUAAGCAAUAUGAAAAUAAUUCAAUCGUCUCAACAUAUUAGAAUUAAUGAAAAAAGUUGAUUACUAAAGUGUUUUUAGGUUAUGAAUUACUAAAGUGUUUUUAGGUUAUGAGUUACUAAAGUGUUUUUAGGUUAUGAAUUACUAAAG